AUGGCGCAGCAAGGAAAUCAGGCAGACAAGGUAAAAUUCUGCUGUUCGAUCUGUCUGGAUCUACUGAAGGAUCCGGUGACUAUUCCCUGUGGACACAGCUACUGCAUGAACUGUAUUAAAAGCUUCUGGGAUGAAGAGGAUGAGAAGAAAAUCCACAGCUGCCCUCAGUGUCGAAAGAGUGGUCGAAAGGAACUUUAUCCCGACGGCCCUGUGCUGGGCCGCCCGAAAGAACACCAUGUUGGGCCAGAGUUUUUUAGUGCGGAGGGCAAGUGGGAAGAAGGAUUGGACUUCAAGCUGCUCGCUGCUGAUCACUGCUAUUGCCGGACCCAGGAGAUGCCUACCCGUGAUGUUCUGCACUUGGGAGCGAAGCGAAAGCUUCAAGCUCUGUCUGUUUCUCAUCUCAGGCCUGCCAACACAAGCGAUUUUGAGAAGCAGAAGCCGCAGCUCAGGUCAAAGCUCAGGCAAAACAUCCAGCAGAGAAUCCAAGGUUCAGAGAGAAAGAUCUGGGAAGGUGCUUUCAGCCCAAGGACGGUGGAGACCAUCAAUCACUCUGAGCUGAUAAAACAGUGGAGCCACAGUGAGGAAGGUUUUACUGAAGUUGAUCCGUGUCAUUUGGAGAAAAGGAAGCUCUUGAUGCUGAAGCCCCAGCAGAUCAGAUUCCCAGGGCAGGAAACUUUGAGGCACGAGCCCACGCUUCCCGCUCACAAUUCCCAAAAUCCACUGCUCAUCCACGGGCUCCACCUGCGUUAUGAUGUCACCGACCUGCGGGAGGACAGAGACACAAACAGAGCAGAUACAGUCGCACACGCCGCCGCCGCCGCCGCCGCUCACACACCGUGCUGUGAGCUCCUCACUGACCUUUGUUCGCCUUUGACUUCAACCUCUGGCGCUCAGACCGACCAAUGGGAUCAGUCCGUAGCAGCUGUUGAAGUGGCACCGCCGUUAGAGCGCCCCAAGCCGCGCCCUCGUUCCAGGCUCCCGCUGCAGCCGCUCAGCGACGAGGUCAAAGUUCAGACUUUGGUGAAACUGCGCGAGGACGGUUUGGCCACUUUAGCCGCCCGCGCAGGAACCGACGGCGCUCGCCAGCAGGAAGUGAGUCAGGGUAAGUACCUUCAGGAGCUGCUCGAGGCCUUCAGCGCCGACGACUGGGGCUUCCCCGACCGCCGCAGCGACAGCAGCGGGCACAGCCAAUCGGAGAGCGAGGAGGGAGGCGAGGACGAGGACGAGGAGGACAUGGCGACUCUGAAAGCGAGGAUACAAGCCUUCGAGCAGCAGGUGGCUGAUGGGAGCUGCGGAGACGCCAACAGAGACUUCGUUGCUACAAAGAAACCCGAACCCCGGCCGCGCCCUCGUCUCCAACAAACCAAAUCCGGUCCUCCCACUGUUGCCCCGAAACCCAAGAACCUUUCCCAUGCCCCCAAACCGUCCACCAAGGUAUUCUGGGAGGACUCGGGAACCAUCGAGGCUUUGAAACCGGCUGAAACUGCUUCAGACUUAAACCCUAAAACUCAAACUGCUCCCGAACCAGAACCUCCCUGUCCCCCGAAACCCGCUCCAGCUGCGGGACCCCAACAAAAACCUUUAAUAACACCAAAACCGCAGUGCGCUACAGAAUCCCUCCCGUCUAGUUCCUCUGCUCCUGUCCCAGCCCCCAGACCACCUCCCCCCAAACUCACCCCCUCUGUCAGCGAGACAAACACAAAACCUCCACCCAGACCUCCAGUCGCCCCCAGGGCCAGCGUGGGCGCUCCACACCAGGAUAAGAGCGCCGCAGCUGGGCUCACUACUCCGACUCUGCCCCCGAGACCCUCCGUGGAGGUCAGCGGUGGAGCGCAGACAGAGAACCAGACUCCCCAAGACUCAAACCAAACUAUGAAAGCAGGAAGUGGCCGUCCAGGAGUCCCGACCAAACCGGCUGCACUGAUCUCACCGCGCAGAGCCAGCGGUGAGAGAGGGAGAGAGAGGGAGAGGGAGUGA